AUGAUUGAACAACUUGAUGACGUGCGCGAAGAAGACGAAGAGAAUGAUGAUGAGACCUUUGAUGAAAACAAAUUCGACGAUCCUUCCUAUCUCAAAAGACCUAACCAACCACCACAUCUUCACGAAUCCGCAUCUGCUUCAUCAGGCUAUUUCCCUCAAGACGCGCCUGUUCAUAAUGUUAAUGGUUAUCCGUUCCUCAUUCAGAAUCCUGGAACUGGCGAUUUCUCUGCUGAAUCACCGUUCUCCGAGAGCUCUUCUCAACCUAGUGCUAGUGAGCAACAACGAGAAGCCCAGGAUGAAGCAGCGCGACACGAUUCGCAACAAGGCCCACCUGAUUGUCAUAGCCUGUCUGCAUACCACAGCGCUUUGGCAGAAGCCGCACAUCGGGCCGCUGCGGAUGGGAAAUUCACAAGACAAAACAGUAUAACGGCUUCUGAUUCUGUCUACUCAGAGGACUACGAACAAGACGAAAACAACGACUCGCAACAAUCACAGUAUUCGCAGGCGCAAAUGCACAUGCCCAUGCCCAUGCCUGCCGCUAUGCAGAUGGAGAUCCCACCUUACUCGCAGAUGCAGAUGCCACAACAAUCGCCGUACCAAAUGCAGUUGCAGAUGCAAAUGCAGAUGCAGAUGCAGCCUCAGAUGCGCCAGAGUUACAUGUCUGCCUCGACGCACGCUUCUCAUGGCUCUUACUCGGCGUUCGACUUCGGCUUCAGUGAUGGUGCAACCAUAGAGGAUACUUUUUCUUCUCCAGAGUUCCCUAACGACAACGAUGAUUUCGCCUUCGAUGAUUCGGACUUAAUCUCUGCUGCGAAUUCGGAAGCACUUGCAAAUGAUGAUGAAGGGUUCUAUAGCCAAGAGUUUGGUUUCUAUGCCAGAGCACGUCCCGGAGGCGAUCCUGAUGCAGUCGAGGCCAUCAACGGUGGCUACUUUGGCGCACCUGGAAUCGAGAUCGUACGACAGAAGAGUGUGAAAGAGCCUAAUCUGACUCCCAUCACCGAGCGCAGCGAAUUCAGCACGCGUAACUCAUACAUCGGCCCAUUCAGCCCUCUUGCCGCUGCUCUCCCAUCGCCCGGUUUUCCACCUGCGCAUAUGGCAGCAGCGCGCAUGAGCCCUCUCGCUUGGCAACAUCUACAAGAAGAUGAGAUGACACUUGCAGAUCUCCGAAGGCUCAAGCAAGGUGCAUUUGGCAGCAGCAGCAACAGUGUCAACUCUUUGUCCUCGUCUUUCGGCGUACCAGCUCCUUACAGUCCCACCAUGGCCGCACAGAAUAUGCCUGGCGGUUAUUUCAUGCCGCGCGCUAGCGGCAGUGUCCCAAUGGCCUGGCAACGUAGCAGCGACAGCAACUCCAACUACAAUCCAUCUAAUCAUUCUUCAAGCCCUGCUCCUACAUCGCCAAUCCACACGUCGAUGCCCAACGGCAUCACCAACAGUCAGCCACACAACUCACCCCUGCAACCUUCAUUUGCAUCCUUCGUAGCAGACAACGUCUCAACUCCUAAGAAGAGCUCAUCCGGUCUAACCGAAUUGCCAGGGACGCCUGUGACCGCGAAAAAGGCUGCAGCCAAGGAUACAGCUACAGCUCCAGAACGGCAAUCAUAUCAAACACACUCACGAUCUGGUAGUGGUGCAGACAACAUCACUUAUGUUCGCGAGGAGGAUUCCACAGGUGGCAAGCGAUGGGUGCUCGAAAGGCGGCGUACGAGUGAGGCUGGUCUUCUGGAGCUUAUCGGCAGAGAAGUUGUCGAAGGUGGCCGCAUUUGA